CAAAACCUUCCACUUUCAGAGAAAACAAAUGACUCUACACACAUUUAACCAAAGGCUGGAACAUCGAUUAAUGCAUGCUCCGAGUGAUCUGAUGAAUUUCUUGGAAGCCUGCACCAUGGGGAACACGGAGAGGGUUGUCCAUCUUAUAGAGAAAGGAGUGGACGUGAACAAAAAAGGUGAAAACGGAGCUACCGGCCUUAUGCUUGCUGCCAUGUCAAAUCAGAUUGAAGUUAUGACGGUGUUGUUAUCUCUGCAGUACACAGAUAUAAAUAAAACUGGUUUACAGCAAAAUACAGCACUCAUGUACUCGGCUAUGCAGGGAAGUUUUUCUGGUGUAAAGCUGCUGUUGGCUGCUGGGUCUAAUACAGCUACUACAAAUACUUCAGGUAAAUCCUGUCUGGGGUUGGCAGCUGAUCACACUGAUCUUAUCACUUAUCUUGAGGUUUGUAGUUUACUGGUUGAAUCUGGUUUGUCUGUAACAGCUAAAGAUUGGGAGGUUCUUAAUAAGCACCCAGAGAAAAAACUUAUUACAAUUAUGGAAAUUUUCAGGACAAAACCUCUUCGCAGUUCUUUAAGAUACUUGAGCAGACAGGCAGUUCUAAAGCAUCUACUGGCAGAUGUCCGGGGGGGAAAUCCAAGCUUUCUGUUUAGUAAACUUCAACUUCCGAGAAGCCUGGUUCAGUAUCUUCGGCAUCCGGCAUGAAUGGGUCAACUUCAAAUCUUCUCUGUUUUCUUUGACCAAUUUAUAAAUACAUGACAGAGUUACUAUUAAAUCUUUUAAUGGC